UUCCUUCCAACCGUAUCGCGCAUGCGUCAACGUUCGCGCCAAAUUAUAGUCACUUGUGGACGCUGUGAUCAAACCUGUUGUAUAUUUGGAGUUAGGCUUUUAAUUUAGACACUUGCAAAGAUUAUAUUACUGUUGGUUUUAUCAUUUUCUUGUACUGUUCGGAAUUGAAUACUGCAAGCGAAAAAUGGAAGAAGACGAUUACGAUGCUAUUCGUCAGAAAAAUAUCGCCGAAAGAGACGCAUUCUUUGCAGAGUUCUUCCAGGACUUGAAAAAAGAUACGGCUGAUUUAAAGCCGCUGGACAUAUCGCGGCGGAGAAGUUUGGAAGAUUCUGACGACGGGGUGGAGAUCGAUGAGCCGCCAAAGAAAAGACGUAAACCGAAUGCAAAGAGGACUGAGCGUUGGGGCAAAGGGAAAGUACAACUUGAAUUUCGUAGGAAGUACAACACACGUAACAGUGCUAAGAAGAAUGUCUCUGGCUCCAAUUCGGACGAUACAGACGAGGUGGAAGAUAGUGAUAAAAAGAGAAAAGGUCCGAGACUCAAGGUCCUCUUUCCUUGGGCUAUACCUUUUGAACGAGAGAUCAGUUUAAUGAGACUAGAUUUAUAUGGCGACGAAGAUGAGGAGAAUGACGACGAAUCUUUAGCCUCGACUUCGGAAGAUGAGGAAGAGGAUGUACGGAAGAAACGAGUAUUCCAUAAAGUACUCAAGUCUGAGUACGAUCCGGACAGCAUACCUUCUCCCGAUGAAAUUACUGAGGAACAGUUGUUGAAUAUUGCCGAUAGAAGUUCGGGGAAAACUUACUGCAAAGUAAACGGGACCAGCUGCCAUCAGUGCAGGCAAAAAACUUUGGACACCAAAACCGUGUGCAGAUCUGGAGAAUGCAUAGGAGUGAGGGGUCAAUUUUGCGGGCCUUGCUUGCGGGGUAGAUAUGGGGAAGAUGCGGCUGUUGCAUUGAAGGAUCCUAAUUGGGUUUGUCCACCUUGUCGAGGUCUGUGCAAUUGCAGCAUUUGUAGAACGCGAAAUGGUCAAAGACCAACUGGAAUUCUGGCUCCUGUUGUACAGGAAGAAGGAUUUUCCUCAGUUAUGGAUUACUUGGAGUCUGCCAAAACUGAAGAGUUCUAGUCACUUGCAUGACCAGUAUUCAUAGGAAUAUGUACAAUAUUAAGAUUAUAGACAAACUCUCGACUGUGAAAUGUUAACUAUUAUUUCAAUAAUUUGCCAUUUGCUACUUAAAUCAAAGUUACUCUACGUUAUAAGAUCUUUAUAGAAUUGUUGUAUUGCAGUUUAGAUAAGAAUGACGAAGUUCAUUGCUAAAUAUAAGUAUUUCUAGUAAU